UCUGCUCAACAACAAUCACAAGAAUGUCAAGGAAAAAGCAACGCUGCUUGAGGAGGGAAUCGCUUCCCCACGAUUGCGUAGAGCUUAUCCUAGAGAGACUUGAUGUGGAUUCUCUGAUGAGAUUCAAGGCUGUAUCGAAACAAUGGAAAUCAACGAUCGAAUCUCCAUUCUUCCAACGAAGACAGUUGACACAUGGACAGCAAUCAAGAGGUAAUCCAGAUGUUGUCAUGGUCUCUUUAUAUCCUGAUGAUAUUCGUGACCCGGUUGUAGAAUCUCUAAGUAGACUGGUGUUGGGUUCAUCAUCAUCGGUCAGUAUCCCUACUCCUUGGGAUGCCGAUAACACCCAAUUCUUGGUUCCCUAUAAUAGCUGUGACGGUCUCGUUUCUGUUCUUCUCUCAUCAACCUUUAUCAUGGUAUCAGAGCAGAUGGUAUCGCCCGUGGUCAUCCCAACCACUAGAUGGUAUCGCCCUCUCCCUCUCUGUAAGCUACAACAACUCAUGUUCGACUUAGGACGUAGUUUCUACGACCUUCAUUACGUGGUCCCUAGUCUUGGUUUCGGUAAAGACAAAAUCACGGGCACAUACAAGCCCGUUUGGCUGUACAACUCUUCAGAGAUCGGCCGAGACAACGCUACUACCUGCGAGGUUUUCGACUUUAGCACCAACUCUUGGAGGUAUGUUUCUCCCGCUUCUCCUUAUCGGAUUUUUGGUUGCCCCGACCCUGUCUAUGUAGAUGGCUCGCUUCAUUGGUUCACCGAGUGCGAGGAGGAACCCAAAAUUCUAUCCUUUGAUCUUCACACCGAAGCCUUUCAAGUCGUCUGUAAAGCUCCCUUUGCCAAUGUUGAUGAUUUAGAUAUCGCUAUCUGCGACCUCGACAACCGCUUGUGCGUUUGGGAGAAGAAGUGGCCCAACCAAGUGAUAUGGUCAUUCGAUUCAGCCAAUAAGACAUGGCAGAAAAUGUGUUCCAUUGAUCUGGCUACAACUUCUCAAUGGUUUGGUAGAUGCACACACGUGCUCUUGCCACUAGCACUUUUCGAUGGGAAGAAGAAGUUGUUGUUUUACUGUCGUGAGCGAAGAGAAGCACUGGUGGAACUUGAUCUCCAAUCCAACACAUAUGAUGUUGUUUUUCAUGAUUUCUCCAUCGGUGAUCCUGUUUGUUAUUUUCAGAGUUUAAUCUCUAUUUCUUAAAUCUUUCUUGUUUCCACCGUUUGAUAUCU